UUAUUAUCUAUUAAAUAUAUAUACUUAAUUAAAGUAAGAUGAAUGUUCUAGUAUAUUCAGGACCUGGGUCUACGACUGAAAGUGUUAAGCACUGUAUAGAGUCACUUCGAUACUUAUUAUCUCCUCAUUAUGCUGUAGUAUCAGUAGGGGAGGCUUCACUUCUUAAUGAUCCAUGGAUGUAUAAGACUGCCAUGUUAGUAAUUCCUGGAGGAGCUGAUUUACCAUAUUGUCGACUGCUUAAUGGUGCAGGGACUAGAAAGAUAGCUCAAUAUGUUAAGAAAGGUGGUAAGUAUUUAGGAUUUUGUGCUGGAGCAUAUUUUGCAUCUGGUAGAGUAGAAUUUGAAGUAGGACAUCCACUAUUAGAAGUUACUGGUGAUAGAGAAUUACAAUUUUUCCCGGGAAUUGCUAGAGGCUGUACAUUCAAGGGAUUUGAUUAUAAAUCUCAUGCGGGUGCAAGAGCUCCUAAAGUUUGUAUUGAAGGUACUACUGAUAAGGUAUAUGCAUAUUAUAAUGGAGGUGGUGUAUUUGUUGAUGCUUCUAAAUAUAGGGGUGUUGAAGUGAUUGCUAGAUAUGAGGAACCAAUUGAUUUGGAAGAUGAAGAAAAAGUCGCUGUUAUCUAUAAAAAAGUUGGUCGUGGAGAUGUUUUAUUAAGUGGAAUUCAUCCUGAAUAUUCUCCUGAUUUACUAAAACCUGAAUCUGAAGAAUUUAAUAAGACCAUUGAAAUUCUUAAACAACACGAUCAUGAAAGAAAAGUUUUCUUACGUAAUUGUUUGGCUAAGCUUGGUUUAAAGGUAAAUGAAGAUGUGGAAGCACAAAUCCCUCAUCUUACUCCUAUAUAUGUAUCAUCCCAUCUCGAUACAUCAUUGGUUAAUAAAUUAGCCGAGAAUCUAAAGAAUAAUGUUGAUUUGGUCAAUAAUUCUACUUUAGAAGAUGAUAAUGAUACGUUAGUAUUUCAUGGUGAAGAUGAAGAUGAGCAUCAUUAUCUUCUUUCAGAUGAUACUAUAUCAAGUGAAGACUAUACUUCAGCUCCCAAACAUAUAAAAAUAUUUAAUAAUGGAGGUUUACCUGAUUCUAAAUCUACUCCUUAUUUCAAUAUGGCUUCAUAUUUCAGUCAACUACAAGCUUUAUGUAAGGGUAAUAAUUGUGAAAUUGGAUCCGUUCUUGGUUAUGGAGAAGUUGUAACAUCAACUAGUACUUUACUUGAUCAUAAUCCAAAAUUUUUAUCCCAAUUACCUCAUGGAUUUAUUAUUACUGCAACCGAACAAGUUGCAGGUAGAGGUAGAGGAGGUAAUGUAUGGGUGAAUCCCAAGGGAGUUAUGGCCCUGUCUAUUUUAUUUAAAGUACCAUCUAAAGGUGGACCAUCAACCAACAUUGUUACAUUACAAUAUUUAUUAGUAUUAGCCCUUAUUGAAGCUAUUCUAGGAUAUGGAAGUUAUGAAAGGGGUAGUGGAGCAGGAUAUGAAGAUAUUCCUGUAAGAUUAAAAUGGCCUAAUGAUAUAUAUAUACUUAAACCCGAAUUCUUUAACAAUCUUGAAGAUGGAAAAACUGUAAGUUCUACGGUAGAAGGUGAUGAUGAGAAAUAUGCAAAAGUAUCAGGAGCUUUAGUUAAUUCUCAAUAUAUUGAUGGUAAUUUCAAUUUAGUUUGGGGAGGUGGAGUUAAUGUAUCUAAUGAUGAACCAACUACAUCAUUAAAUUCAGUAUUAAAGAAAUUAAAUAUUAUCCGAGUAGCUAGAGGAUUACCAGAAUUACCUCCUUAUCAACCUGAAAAGCUUUUAGCUAAAAUGGUGUUUACUAUGGAUCAAUUUUACAAUGUAUUUAAAACUUCUGGCCUUCGACCAUUCUUACCUCUCUAUUAUAAAAGAUGGUUUCAUACUAAUCAACAAGUAAGUUUGGAUGCCAAGGGAGAUGGUCAUAUUAGAUCCUGUAUAAUUAGGGGGAUUACUGAUGAUUAUGGGUUACUCAUAGCAGAAGAUCAAAAUUCGCGAGAGAUAUUACAUUUACAACCUGAUGGGAAUUCCUUUGAUAUCUUCAAAGGUCUAGUAUAUAAGAAGCAGUAAUAUUUAGAAUAGUUAGUUUAGAU